AUCUGACCCUUGACCGACCAAAACAAUCAACAACAAAAACGAAUCGCCAGACAAAUGUAAAAUGGCAGACAACGCAAAUUUAGAAGCAGACAGUUCAAGUAAUGAGAAGAAAAUAAAGUUAUCUGAGCCAGAUAUAAUAUCAGAUAUCGGAAGAGCUAAAGAUGAAGAUAUAAUUGCACAGGAAGAUCGAAUCCAAAAUGAGAUCAAGGAAAACACUAGUUUGAUUGGUGCUAAGGAAGACUUGUCAUCACUGCUUGAACAGUAUGCUGAUGAUGAGGUUUACCAACAAAAGAUUAGGGAACUUAGAGGGCGUUGUCGCUAUGUUAGGAAAUCUAGGCCAGAUGGUAACUGUUUCUUCAGAUCAUUUGGAUUUGCUUAUAUGGAGUACCUUUUGUCAGACAAAGAAGAGUUAUACAGGUAAGGUACUUGUGUUACCACCAAC